AUGGUGCAGAUACCUCAGGAGAAAGAGGCCAGCGAUGGUAGCUGUCAUCGAGUGAUAUAUUCGAAAGAGGAGGAAGAGCAGGUGGUGAGGAAAAUCGACCGGUUUAUCUUGCCGAUGUUGUGUUUGGUCUUCUUCUUUCAGUUUCUCGACAAGCAGGGCUUGAGUUAUGCCUCGGUUUUCGGGCUUCUCGAUGACCUCUCCUUGCAGGGGUCCCAGUACUCCUGGUGCUCCUCGAUCUUCUACCUUGGACAGCUGGUGGCGGAAUAUCCCUUCAUUUAUCUGAUGAGUCGCCUGCCCUUGACGCGAUUUGUUGGAGUCACCAUUAUCAUCUGGGGAGGGAUCUGCAUGUGCCUGGCAGCCACCCAGUCUUUUGCUGACUUUGCCGCCGUACGAUUUCUCCUCGGGGUGAGUGAAGGAGCAGUCGCCCCAGCAUUCGUCACUCUGACCAGUGUCUGGUAUCAAAAGAAUGAACAUGCUUUGCGCGUCGGGAUUUGGAUCACGAUGGAUGGCUUGGCUCAGGUACUUGGCUGUCUGCUCAUGUACGGGAUCGGACGAUCGAGUCCCGGCAGUCUCGCACCCUGGAGGACUUUGUUCCUCAUCUGCGGAGCCAUAACAUGUGGCAUUGGCGGUCUCUUUAUACUCAUCGUUCCUGUUUCGCCCAAGAAAGCAUGGUUCCUCACCCCACGCGAAAAGGAGGUUCUUGAAGCAAGGAUGAUGCUUGAUCGGGACGCCGGCGAUCUAACUCAGUUCUCAGUUGCACAAGUUAAGGAGACAUUGGGAGAUAUCCGGGCGUGGUUCAUGUUCAUUUUCGGAGUCUUGGUCACCAUGCAGGCCCCAGUGAUGACAUUUGCCUCCCUUAUCAUCAAGAACCUGAAUUACACCAGUCUCCAGACUAUGCUGUAUACGGCCCCCUCGGGAGCCGUACAGAUCCUGGCAAUAUGGAUCAGCCUUGCAGGGUGCUAUCUACUCCCUAAUUAUCGGUGCUUGGUUCUGAUGAUGAUGACCAUCCCUCCCCUGGUCGGAAACAUCCUCCUCCUCAAGCUGCCACUCACUGCUGGCUGGGGUUUAAUCGCCUCGUCGUGGCUGGCUUCAUGUCUACCAAACAUCCUGGCUGUUGUGCUGAGCCUCAGCGCCUCAAACGUCAAAGGCAACACCAAGCGUCCCAUGGUCAACGCCUUGUUCUUCAUUGGAUACUGUACCGGGUGUAUUGCAGCUCCUCAACUCUGGAAGCCCAGUGCUGCACCGAGGUUUUUUGAGGGGGUCGUCACGGCCAUUGUCACCUGGUGCCUGCUCUUCGUGGCAUUGAGUCUGUACUGGUACAUCUGUCGGUCGGAAAAUCGCAAACGAGACCAGACCCCGAUUAUUUUCCCGGGGAUCACCUACCAAGCCGGUGAAGAUGUCACCGACAUCCAAGAUACUCAGUUUCGAUAUAGUUACUAG